AGAAACCUGGAAAGAGUUAUGCUAUCUACCUUCAGAAUGCUUAGGCAGAAGAACAGACUUGGAAAGGACAUGAUAGCUGCCUUUAAAUACUAUUUAAACAUGCGAUGUAGUUUUCCUAUAGAGAUUAGAGUGAUUCUGGAUGUUGGCGAAGGUGAAGCUGGAUUCUGUGCAGAAGGAGGGGACGGGGACAGACCCGAUCCAGGAUACAGCUGGUCAGUGGCCCUGCUCUGCGGCAGGCAGGGCCUAGAACCUGGUGCCAGGCCCUGAACCCUGACCACGCCAUGGGCAGAGCCCAGGAGGCGGAGGUGGCAGCUGGUGCCAGUGAAAUCACUGUCCCUGCAAUGGGGCGCCUCGGCCUGCCCCACUCCCACCCUCCUUUCUUUGUCAUCCACCCCUCCCUGGGAAGGAUUGAGGUCUCUGGAAUAUGGUCAAGGAUCCCUGCCAUGGGAACAGCAGAACUUAAGAACUCGAGAGCAUUAGGAGGACUUGAGGGGUGAAAGCAGCCUCUGUUCACCCUCCUCCCAUGACUGGCUGAGGGGUUUUCUCCAAAGCUCUCCCUCUUUUCAGAAGGACUUAACAGCUACAUAAAUACUGCAGCCUGAACCCUGGCAUCUUCACUGAGCUCCUGCCGCCGCCCUACUUGGUCCACCCAUCUGGAGAACAUGUCUAGUCGAGUGGAGCAUCCAGCUGGAGGAUACAGGAAGCUUUUUGAAACCGUGGAAGAGCUGUCUUCACCGCUCCCAGCUCAUGUCCGAGGCAGAAUCCCACCGUGGCUCACUGGCAGCCUCCUUCGAUGUGGGCCUGGUCUGUUUGAAGUUGGAAGUGAGCCGUUUUACCAUCUAUUUGAUGGCCAAGCCCUUCUGCAUAAGUUUGACUUUAAGGAAGGCCGGGUCACGUAUCAUAGAAGGUUCAUCCGCACGGACGCCUAUGUAAGAGCCAUGACGGAGAAGAGGAUCGUCCUGACGGAAUUCGGCACGUGUGCCUUCCCUGAUCCGUGCAAAAACAUCUUCUCCAGGUUUUUUUCUUACUUUCGAGGAGUGGAGGUCACGGACAACGCCCUUGUUAACAUCUACCCAGUGGGCGAAGAUUACUACGCGUGCACGGAGACGAACUUCAUAACCAAAAUCAACCCGGAGACCCUGGAGACAAUUAAGCAGGUUGAUCUUUGCAACUAUGUCUCAGUCAAUGGUGCAUCAGCUCACCCCCACAUCGAAAAUGAUGGAACUGUCUAUAACAUCGGCAACUGCUUUGGAAAGAACUUUUCGAUUGCUUAUAACAUUGUCCGGAUUCCUCCCCUACAAGCAGACAGAGAAGACCCAAUAAACAAGUCUGAGGUGGUCGUCCAGUUUCCUUGCAGUGAUCGGCUGAAGCCAUCUUACGUCCACAGUUUUGGGCUGACUCCGAAUUACAUCGUUUUUGUGGAAACGCCCGUCAAAAUUAACCUCCUGAAGUUCCUCUCCUCCUGGACCCUCUGGGGAGCCAACUAUAUGGACUGCUUUGAGUCCAACGAAACCAUGGGGGUGUGGCUUCAUGUGGCUGAUAAAAAACGAGGCAAAUACCUCAAUACCAAAUACAGAACAUCCUCCUUUAACCUCUUCCACCACAUUAAUACAUAUGAAGAGGGCAACUUCCUGAUCGUGGACCUCUGCUGCUGGAAAGGAUUUGAGUUCGUUUAUAAUUACUUGUAUUUAGCCAAUUUACGGGAGAACUGGGAGGAGGUCAAAAGAAACGCCACGAAGGCUCCCCAGCCUGAAGUGCGGCGAUACGUCCUUCCCUUGGCUAUUAACAAGGCUGACACAGGCAAGAAUCUGAUCAGUCUGCCCAACACCACAGCUGCUGCCAUUCUCUGCAGUGAUGAGACCAUCUGGCUGGAGCCGGAGGUCCUCUUCUCUGGGCCCCGCCAAGCUUUCGAGUUUCCCCAAAUCAAUUACCAGAAGUACGGUGGGAAGCCCUACAUGUAUGCAUAUGGACUUGGACUGAAUCAUUUUGUUCCCGACAGGCUCUGUAAGCUGAAUGUCAAAACUAAAGAAAUGUGGCUGUGGCAAGAACCAGACUCCUAUCCGUCCGAGCCCAUCUUCGUGUCCCACCCGGACGCCCAGGAAGAAGAUGACGGUAAUGAAGACAGGAAACGUCCCUGGCCGUUGUGCCCUUCCUGUGAUCUCGUUUUCAGGAGUGGUUCUGAGUGUGGUGGUGAGCCCCGGGGUGGGGCAGAAGCCAGCUUACCUCCUGGUCCUCAACGCCAGGGACAUGACCGAAGUCGCUCGGGCCGAAGUGGAAAUCAACAUCCCUGUCACCUUCCAUGGGCUGUUCAAAAAAUCCUGACCCUGGGUCAUUCUUCACUAUCCUCAGGACCCCCGGCUACCUGACCUAGUCAUCCCCAUGGGCCAAGCCCAGUGACCCAGCCUAGAGGUCCCCAUGGGCUGGGCCCAUCCUCCCUUCUGCUCCCAUAGUCCCUCCUAGCUGAGCCGAGGGCACCUGACUUGGUCUUCCCCACAAGCUCCCAGAGUGGCCCAAAGCUUUCCAGACAAUGUCGGGAGUCUCAUAUCAUGCUGGGUGCUUCAUUGCCCUCAAAAAGACCACCCUGGGGAUCCCAGAGAAGACCCCUGUGGACGACUGUAUUGGGCACACUUAGGUGGUACGAGUGUGGACGUCAUUAAAAUGAUUCCAGGUACAAAGGUGUACAUUCAGCAAA